AUGUCCAAAACGUUUGUUGCAUCCUCGCUUCUGCUUCUUGCCUCCUACACAGAUUUCACCUCGGCAUGUUUUGCCUCGGGUGUAUGUGGUGGAGGAUGUGCACCACCUCCUCCAGCUCCUGUAUGCGGUGGUGGAGGUGGAUGUGGUGGAGGUUAUAGUUGCGGUCAUUACGGCUGCUACCGUGCCAGAGCACGUGCCGCAUCGGCUCGUACGUUAUCUGUGGACGGUCAUGAGAAAAAGCCAACUACCCCUGAUGAGAAGUUCAUGCAAUGCUGUAUCGACAGAAAUCUUCCCGACUCAUGUCUGAACAAGUGCUCUUUCCGUACUUACACCAAGGCUGCUCUACAGGUAUGGGUUUUACUUGUUGAAUUGACCCCGCUUCUGUUCGCUUUUCAGGCGAUGUAUUUCAAGCAGGACCAUUGCCCAAUGCAAGCGGCUGCUGACAUUCAGUACUGUGCCGCUCAGGGACGAGACCACAGAGAAUGCUGCGCUAGAAAUGGUGUCGCCACGACACUAGCUGGAUAUAAGUGCAUGACGUUCUGUGACCAGCGCCCAGGCAAUGUCACUCAACUCGACUUCACCUACCUAGCAUGCUACGAUCGUUUCGAGAACAUGAAGGCGUGCUUCUGGCACAACAUCUCCCAAGAUUCCGCAGAAUCUGCGCCAGCCCUCGUCGACGAACAACAACAUGAGGAAUCGUUCUUACACGAUGAACGUCCUCAGUCGUUCGCCCAAGACGUAGCACCACGCCUCAAUCUCAGAAUAGGAGGCAGUUCCCGUACAUUCCAGGCUAAAACAUUCAACUGA